AUGAAGUGCCUGGAUAAGAAGAGGAUAAAGAUGAAGCAGGGCGAGACGUUGGCCCUCAACGAACGGAUCAUGCUCAGCCUCGUCUCCACAGGGCAAGAUUGCCCGUUUAUCGUGUGUAUGACGUACGCCUUUCAAACGCCCGACAAGCUCUGCUUUAUUCUCGAUCUGAUGAACGGCGGCGAUCUGCACUACCACCUUUCCCAACAUGGCGUUUUCAGUGAACCAGAAAUGCUAUUCUACGCCUCCGAGGUUAUCCUUGGAUUGGAGCACAUGCAUAAUCGCUUUGUUGUCUACCGAGACCUAAAACCGGCCAAUAUUCUGCUCGACGAGAACGGACAUGUACCGAGUCCUGAUCUGGGCUUAUGGCACGCUUGCUAUCUGUUGCAUCGAUCUCAUGGCUAUAUGGCCCCGGACGGUGUUGCAGGUGUGGCCUACGACUCUUCCGCUGACUGGUUCUCUCUAGGAUGUAUGCUUUACAAACUGCUGAAGGUGAGUAUUCCGGUUAUGGUCAUUCACCGUUUCGGCAGCACAAGAGUAAAGGAUAAAAACGAAAUCGACAAAAUGACGUUGACGCAGGACAUCGAGCUGCCAAACGAAGGCCUUUCGCCAGACUGCCGCGACUUGUUGGAAGGGCUUCUGAAGAGAGAUGUGCCCGAUAGACUCGGCUGCAAGGGGCGAGGACCUUCGGAAGUGAAGGAACACCCGUUUUUCCGCGAUGUCGACUGGCAAACCGUUUAUCUGCGUCGAAUGACGCCCCCGUUGAUUCCACCUCGAGGCGAAGUGAAUGCAGCUGACGCUUUCGACAUUGGCAACUUUGACGAUGACGAAGUUAAAGGCGUGAAGGUAUGA